AUGGCCCUCUUACAAUGUGAUUUUUGGUUUUCCUUCCCUCCUACCCCUUCCCUUCUUCUGGUUCUUCUUCUUCUUGUUGUUCUUAUUGUUGCCACGGAUCAAUCAACACUCGCCAACAUUAACAGGACGGCUCGUCUUUUCCACUUUCCCACCCCCUUCCCCUGGCACGAAAGUCACCGAAUUUUGCAUGGCUCCAUAGCGAAGCGAACCUUUCAUUUUCUCCAUUCCUCCUUAGCUCCUCCUAGCAAUUGCCGAGGCGGCGGCGGAUCAUUAAGCCACAAAAAGGGCAUAAGAGUGUAUCAGUACGUCAAAUGGGGCGAUAAUAGUCAGUCAGUCGGACCUAGUCAAAACGUUCUCAUCAAGUCUUCAGGGGAGGUCAUGCAACGUCGAUCGAGCCAUCGGAUUCGUGGCUUUGCCUCCAUCGCCGCAAGACGGGGUCAGGAUCAAUAUCGGAAUGCUUCGCUCGACCUUUCUUUCAUCGUGCCUCCCGCUACCCUGACUAGUGCCACUGAUAAUGCACCUAGACGGUACUACAACCGGAGGUAUCUCCCCCCUCAGUUACAACCAAAAGUCUUGUAA